GACCGCAGCCAAGACCCCCCGGUCGCCGCACCGUAUCCGGUUCCCGCUAGAUACCCAAACCCCGGGCAGGUGAUCUUCAACGGGCUGGAGAUGGGUCCGCUGCUCCCCGGUACGCUACCUCCCCCGCCACCGCCUCACCAUCUCCCGCCCCAGCCGCGGUCCCAGCCGCAGCUGCAAUCCAGGCAGCAGCAGCAGCAGCAGCAACCGUCGCAGGCCCAGCAGCAGCAACGGCAUCAUCUUCAGCAGCUUCACCACCAUCAGCCUCCGCCUCCGCCUCCGCAUCAGCAGCAGCAGCAGCAGCAGCACCAGGUCCAGCAGCACCAACAGAUGCCGCAGAAUCCACCACCGGUGGCGGGGGGCCACCCGUUCCAGCAGCAGCAACAGAUCCAGCAGCAACAGCAACAAAUGCAGAUGCAGCAUGAACAAAUGCAACAGCAGCAGCAGCAGAUGCAGCAGCAGCAGCAGCAGAUCCGCCAGCAGAUUCAGGAGAUGAGACAGCAACAGCAGCAGCUCCAGCAGCAGCACCAGCAGAUCCAGCAGCAGCACCAGCAAAUGCAGAGGCAGCAUCAGCAAAUGCAGCAGCAGCUGAAGAUGCAAAUGGCGCUGCCGCCGGCGCCCACCGGCUACCCCACCAUUGCCCUACAGCAGAUCCAUCUCCUGCCGCCGCUUCCCCCGCCGCCCGCCACCGAGCCCGGACUCGAUCGAGAGUACCUGUUGAAGCCAAGCCUGCCCCGGACUUUACCGCCUUCCUUUAGUACCAGGGAUGGUGGGCCUGUGGAGAUUCAGGCGAGGAAAGUGAAUCCUCCUCCUCCCUACCCUGGUACGGUGGCGUCUGCAGCGGUUACAGCCAACGCCACGGCUCAAACGCUGGUCACAAACUGCGACAGCCCCAGCAUCCUGGCUCCGGACGGCUGCCUGAAGAAAGACGACUUUCUGCUUCAGCCCGUGACCAUACAGUACCCGACGCCUCUCGGGUACGAAAGGAUCACGACAUUCGACAGCAGCGGUAACGUCGAGGAAGUCUGCCGCCCCCGAAGGCGUCUCAUGCGCAACCAAAACGCGUACGCCGCCCACGGCUCGGCCACGCUGAAGGUAACGUCCUCGGAGAAUAAAAAGGUUCAUCUUCCCUACAGCUCGGCGACACUCAGCCGUCUGUCGGUCCCACGGUACUCCAUACCAAGCGGCGACCCGCCCCCUUAUCCCGAUCCGGCCAAUCAAGUCCCGGCUACCCUCGCACCUCCGCCGCAGAGAUUAGAAAGCAGUCUGAUCCACGCCACCCUGCGCCGCGACCGCCGCGACAUGACGCUAAAGGUUCCCGCCAUGAUGGACAGCUCCAGGACGCUUCCCACCAAGGCCAAGAUGAACAGCGCGUUGGGUUUGACCUACCAGCAGAGGCUGCCCACUGCGUUAUACACGUGCACGCAGUGCAGCAGCAACAGCAGCAGCACCAGUGUGAGUGUUAGCGGCGGGGGGACAUCCAGUAGCGGCAUUGCGGGUGGCACGGUGGUCAGGCAGGACUUCCCCCCGGGGAAAGGAGCACACCACAGCACAAUCAUCGUGCACUCCAAAAGCGCCUCCCAGUCAUCCUACAGUCUCCUGGGUUCCAUGGACACCAGCCGGGACAGAACGGUGUACGUCAACUCCGCUUUCACCGAGGACGAGACUCUGAGCCAGCACCGCCACCUGGAUAAACCCGUCCGGCAGAUGACCCUCGGUGACGUCGGCCUCUCGGCAAAACGCCCUCCGCCUUACCAGUGGGAGGCCUCCGCCGCGGAGGAGUUCUGUCUCGCUCCAGAGCAAACCAUGCUGGCCCCCCCACCGCCUCCUCACAAGCCCCCUCCGCUCAUCCUCGGCCAGGCUCAGCACUUGGACGUGACGCGGCUACCGUUCGUCCUCACGACGAAGCCGCCGUCCAGCCCUGGCACGAGCACCCUGACAUUCCCGUCAGGCUACCAGAUAUCACUGUCUCCUUUCCCUCCCGGCGUGGGCCACAGUCGACCCCCCAUGCAGACCUUACAGAACCCCCCACCGCAAUGCGGUCCGGGCGAAGUGGUUCUUCCGGUUCCAUUUGCUCAGCAGGACUCCAAUUUGGUUUUAUCGACAGGGUACUCCACAAGUCUGGCGAACUUGGCCUGCUGCACCCUGCCCCCGAUGUACCCGGGUGCCGGCUCCUGCGCCGGGCUUCAGCUGCACGCUGUCAACUUGCACCCCUGGAACCCUUACCCCUGCCCGCCACCCAUGCAGGACCCUCCCGCACCUCCUCUUCCAACCAAAACUCAUCAGACAUUAGAGAAGUCCAUCCUCUCGCCACCCCCUGCGGCCGCGCCGCCGCCGCCACCGCCUCUGCCUCCACCGCCGCCGCCCUCUGAGUUGCCCCCCUCCAAAUGCGCCACAGAGGACCCGACGGAGUCCGCCACCGGCUUUCCGGAGCCGUCGUCUCUCAACGAAAGUCCUGUGACGCAGGAGUCGGACCGAUUCAACAAGAAAAGCCGCAAGAGACCGGACAGCCGAGCCGAGGAGGGCAACGUGUCCUCGGCGUCGAGAAAGGACGGUCGCACGCUGUCGGAUUUCAACUCUCUGAUCGCCAGCCCGCGACUAGGCAACAGAGAGAAGAAGAAGCCCAAAGGACCCCGGGAGCAGCUCAACCGAGCCAAGAAGAUGAGCCGGGCUGCCAACGAAUUCCAGGACAGCUCAGAGAGCGAGCCGGAGCUUUUUAUCAGCGGCGACGAACUCAUGAACCAGAACCAGAGCAGCAAGAAGAGCUGGAAGAACAAGCGCAGCCUUCGCAUGGCGAGCGAGCUGGAGGAGAUUAAGUGCCGCAAGGCCAACGAACGGGAGGACCGCAGUUUGGGCAGCCAGGGCUUCGUCUACGUGAUGGCCAACAAGCAGCCUCUGUGGAACGAAGCCACGCAGGUCUACCAGCUGGACUUUGGAGGACGGGUCACGCAGGAGUCCGCGAAAAACUUCCAGAUUGAGCUUGAUGGCCGACAGGUGAUGCAGUUCGGACGCAUCGACGGGAACGCCUACAUCCUGGAUUUCCAGUAUCCCUUCUCGGCAGUGCAGGCGUUUGCCGUGGCCUUGGCCAACGUGACUCAACGCCUGAAGUGAAGCUUUCAUGC